AUGGCUUUUGAACGACGACGUUUAUCAACAGAAAGUGAUAAAUCAUCGACAAGUACAAAUCACUCCACAGAAUCCAAUCCAGCAUACAGUACGAUAUCAUCAUAUACUGUUCAUCCGACCAUUCCUACUGAUAAAAAAUUAUCAAUCAUAACAACAAAAGAUCCCACCAGUAUAAUCAAACGAUGUUCAACUAUGUCUUCACCAGCGGAAGAAAUAUUAGCACGUACAAAAAAUUCAUUUAUUGAUUUAAAUCCAUAUUUUCAAUGUUCCUCAUUACCUAGCCAUUGGAGAAAGAAUAAAUCACUACGUUUCAUUUUACGUACCAAACGUCAAAUCGAUAUAAAAGCAAAUACACGUGUGGUUAUUUUUGCUGGCAAUGAUUAUAAUCCUUGCGCAACACUGAAAAACAAUGUUAGCUGGUUUCGUGGUGGUCAAGCUGAAUUUAAUGAUUUAAGAUUUUUAGGUGCCAGUGGACGAGGUAAAAAAUUUACGCUAACUGUAGUCAUCGAAACAACACCACCCCAACAAUGUACUUAUCGUCGAGCAAUUAAAAUUACAGUCGAUGGUCCUAGAAAGAAACGCGAAUUGAAAGCGAAGUCAGAUAGGAAUGAAAACCAAGCAGAUGAAUCGAACAUGGAUGGUGAAUCGGAUAAUGAAACAAAUACAACAAGUGCUUCGAUGAUAACUGAAUCGAAUUCAUAUAUCAGUCAAGGAUCAUCUGGAUUACUUCUUCUUGCUGCUGCAGCUGAACAGAAACGAAAAGACGAAGAAGAUAUACCAAAUAAUCGUCCAUCUCAAUCGGCUCCAAUGGAAAUAACAUAUUCAUCAAAAUUAAGUGAUACAAAUUCCUCAAUAACCGGUUGCCUUUCUCCAUCAUCAUUAGCGUCACAGUUCUCUCAAUCAAUAGGCUUCUCUCCAACAUCAGCAGCCGAUGAUCUUAAUUCUCGUUUAUCACGUCAUGUGUUUUUACAAAAUCAAAAUCUAAUGAAAACCACAACAACAGUUCCAUUAAUAUCAAGUUCACCUACAACAAAUUUAUUAUUGAGUAUUAAGCAAACACCAAAUCAUUUUGAUCUUUUUCAUCAUCAACAACAACCACACAGACAUGAUCAGCAAACUAUUGUCGAAUCCUCUACUAAUACUCGAUCGACAAAUACCACAACUAAUCAUGUUUUAUGUCGAUAA